UAAGCGCAUAAUGGUUGCGAAACAAAACCUUGCUUUGCAACCUCAUUUCAUUUACGGCUUGAAGCCCAGCACUACUCACAAUGUCCAUUUUGCAUCAAAUGAAUGCAUUAUCUAUCCAGCUGGCGGAGUGCUAGUGCUACACAGCCUUCAAGAUCCUCGGAGCCAAAAGUACAUUCAUCUCCACAACAAACUGAAGCCAAUCAAUGCUAUUUGCAUCAGUCCUAAAAAGGAUGUGGUCGCAUGUGCGGAAGGAGGCGGCAGUCCGCAAGUGUCGUUGUACUCCACUUCGAAUUUGCAAUAUUUUGCAAGUCUCGAAAUACCGAGUGAUUCGAGCGCUCAAGACAUCGCGUGCCUUCAAUUUUCAUGCGACGGGCAGCUGAUAAUUGUGAUUACCACCGAGCCUGACUGGAUGCUAUUCUGCUACAAUGUUGCUUCCAAGACGCUGGACAGCAAAACCAGAGCCAAUAUGGCAGCUCAGCCACACGUUCCAGUAAAGCAGGUGGCUUGCAAUCCAAGUGACGCUGCAACUUUAGCGUUGGUUGGACCGGACUUAUUCCGACUUCUGCAAUUGGUUGACGGCUCCUGGCGGCAGUUUGGAUUUUACAAAGCGCAAAAUUAUCCUUUAAGCAGUGUUGCUUGGCUUACUUCCGACCGCAUUUUAGCCGGCACUGACGAUGGAAGGCUGCUGCUCAUCGAGUCCAAUGAGUUGCGGGCGGUUUUCCGCGCUUACGGACUACAGAAAGUUUCUCUGCCCUCUAAAAAUGAAAACUCUAGAAACUGGGAGGAAAGUAUUCCUCGGGCUUCAAAAGAAAAAGUGACGUCUGUAGUGGCUUUCAAAAAGGGAUUUUUGGUUGGUUUCGGCGAGCCGUGUCAAGUGGCGCGAUUCACUCUUGAGCCGGGCCAGACUUACCUUCUGAAAACGACCUACAGCCCCAAACCUGGUGCCAGCCGCGCUGUCUGGUCUCUCGCGGUUAGCCCCGACUGCUCCACGCUCGCCUGCAGCACCGAGGAGGCGCAGCUAUUUCAAGCAAAGCUCUCUGGCGCGAGUGAAAUCGAGCCAAUGCAUCCCUUUGGGGAGCCCCUUCACUUGGGACCCGUGGUCGGUCUUUCGGUCUGCGUGUGGAGGUCUAUUUUCGUAACCUGCGGUGCCCAAGACGCCACCGUGCGCGUGUGGAAUUACGACACGGGCAAGCAGGAGCUGCUGAGAAAAUUUGACACCCCACCUGUCAGCGUGUCGGUUCAUCCCCUGGGUUUAUACACACUUGUUCUUUUCAAAGAAUGCGUAUGCUUGAUGAGCAUCGAGCUGGACGAUCUAGAAAUGAUCCGAACGGCUGCCGCUGCUGACUGCAUUGAUGUUCAGUUCAGCCCCGGCGGCGAUUUAUUUGCCGUGGUGUACGCGAACAAAGUCGACAUUGUCUCCAUUGUUUCCUUUGUUAGCAAACUCUCCCUUAGUGGACAUUGCGCAAGGGUCGAAAGCGCCGCUUGGUCUCAGGACGGUACUAAACUCGUAACUUGCGGAGCGGAUGGAGCAAUUUACACUUGGGAUUCUGCAACAGGAGAGCGGCUAGAAGAAAUGGUAACUAAAGGAAGCCACUUCCUCGGUGUAAGCACUGUUGGCAGAGGUAAAACUAGCUUUCUGAUGAAAGGCGAUGCGUCUGUUCAAGUUAUUCAAAGCAACAAGGUGGAGCGAAUCGUAAAAAGUGACAUCAAAAAUUUGGAAUUUACCGUCACCACUGUGAUUAGGAAUGACAGAACUUUGCUGGUGGGCAGCAGGUGCGGUUCGCUGAUUGCUUACGCGCUGCCCUUCAACGAUGACGGAUUGAUCAGCGCAUUUUGUUGCAUUCAUAGCGCGCCUAUCACAAAGAUUGUGGCUUCGUACGACUGCUCAAUUAUUUUCACAUGCUCGGAGGAUGGAUCAAUAUGCAUUUUGAAACUGGAGGAUAACUUUGCCAACUACGAUGAAAAGUCCAUUGGAUCGGUAGAGAAGGUGCUGAUUGGCCGGAAGAACCUUCGCGACCUGAGAGAUCUAAACAACACCCUCUCGUCACGACUCCAAUACCAGCAGAAAGAGAAAAAUGACGCACUUGAAUACCAAGAGAUGGUGUUCACCAAGGGAACGGUUGAGAUGAGGGAACUAAAGGAGAGGGACGAAGCGGAAAUGAGACGGGAAAUGGAGCUAAUGAAAAGCGGGCACGACAAGGAGCUGCGGGAGCAAAUGAAACGAUUUGAAGAUUUUUUAGGCCAGCACGAGACUACUGUGGCCAAAAUGGAUAAUUUGUACCAAGAAAAGCUGAUUGUACAGUACAAAAAGGUGGAGCGCUUGGAAAAUCAGUUACAGUUGCAGGAAAGAAAAUAUGAACAACUCAUGAAGGACAUUUGUGAAAAGUCUGACUUGGAAAUGAGGCUUAUUCAAGACAAGCAAGCGGAAAUUUCAAGCCUCCUGCAAAAGCAAAUUGAAGAGCUUUUGGACGAAAGGGAAAGAACAAAAUUAGAGCACGAAGAAGUUGUACGUUCAAUUGAAUUUGACGCGGAUAAAGAAAUAAUCGAACUGAAAACUCGCCAUGAAACAGCCGUGAGGCAGCAGGUGGACCUAUUGGAACGCACUCAAGGGCAACUUCAGAGCGCCAAAAAGAAAAUGUCCGGCAAUCAAGAGGUAAUUAUGGAGUUUGAACAGCGCAUCGAAAUUCUUCAAGCAGAGAUAGACCAGCUAAAGAGUACAGUGGCCAGUUUGGAACAGUUUAUUGCGGAGCAAAAAAAGCUUAUGGAGCGGAACAACAUCAUCCUAGAGAAUAAGGAGAAAGAUUUAAUGAGCACUAAACGACAGGUAGAGGAACUUAUUAAAGACAAAGCCAACAUCAGCCUCCAUCUCGACCUGAUGACCAGGCACAUUGAGCCAAAGGAAGCGAUCAUCCGGGAGAAGACUCAAGAAAUUGAACAGCUGACAAAUGAACUGAAAGUGGAGCGAAGCUUGCGGGCACAACUAGAGGUCGAAAUGGCAAACCUGCAGAGCCAGAUCAAGCAAAAUCAGAAACAAGCCACUUUGGAAAAGACAAAGCACCGCGACACAUUGCGAGACAUUCAACGCAUCAGGGCCAGGGUGCACCAAUUAGGCGGCGUCCUUCAACAGCCUCGCAGAUUGGCUGAAGUUGCAGCGGCCCUGUACAGCGACUACGGCCGUGAGAGGGAUUCGCUGGAAGACGAGCACCCAGAGGAAGCGCUGCUGGAGUUGAAGCGGCAGGUGGAGACCCUCCAGGCGCUCAACGAUUCACUUGUCAAAAAGCUGAGAAUACAGGACGAAGUGCACAGGGGCGAAAAGAACGCUUUGAAGAGAGAGUGCAUCAGUUUGAUGAAGCAACUGAAUAGUUUGCAGCAAAUGAGAAUUGAGCAAAAAGUGCCUGAAGCAGGUGUUGAAACGCAGCCCGACUAGAUUAAAAAAUUUCUGGAAUGUUUGCGACAACAUUG